UAUUUUUGCAUAUUUAUGAUCAUAGAUGGCUGUCAAAAUUACACAUUUUUGUAAAUAAGAUAUAUUUUCCUGUGUUCAGUUAUUGUUUUGUUUUAUCUAUCUAUUUAGCCGUGAACAAAAAUGUUAAAGGGAGCUGUUGAUCUCACUCAAACUGGGUCCGAGAGGCCUUCGUCCCCUGCCCGGCUGGCCUACGCCUCUGACAAACACCCCAAACACACGCUGGAAGCCAUCAACGUGCUCCGUAAACAUAGAGAGCUCUGCGAUGUGGUCCUUAUUGUUGGGCAGAGAAAGAUAUUUGCCCACAGGGUUAUUCUAUCAGCAUGUAGCCCUUACUUCCAUGCUAUGUUUACUGGAGAGCUGGCCGAGAGUAGACAGACGGAGGUCACAAUUCGGGAUAUCGAUGAAAAUGCUAUGGAACUUUUGAUAGACUUCUGUUACAUGUCAAACAUUAUGGUUGAAGAGAGCAAUGUGCAGACUUUAUUGCCAGCUGCGUGCUUGCUGCAGCUUGCAGAAAUACAAGACGUGUGCUGUGAAUUUUUGAAAAGACAAUUAGAUCCAUCAAAUUGCCUUGGAAUUCGGGCUUUUGCAGACACACAUGCGUGCAGGGACUUGUUACGGAUUGCAGAUAAAUUUACACAACAUAAUUUUCAAGAGGUGAUGGAGAGUGAGGAGUUCAUGUUGCUGCCCAUCAACCAGCUGAAGGAGAUCAUCGCCAGUGACGAGCUCAACGUGCGCACGGAGGAGCAGGUGUUCAGUGCGGUCAUGGGCUGGGUCAAGUACAACAUCCAGGAGCGCAGACAACACCUGCCUGUGGUCCUUCAGCAUGUGAGACUGCCCCUGAUGAGCCCCAAGUUUCUGGUGGGCACAGUGGGGUCAGACCUGCUCAUCAAGAGUGACGACGCGUGCAGGGACCUCGUGGACGAGGCCAAGAAUUACCUGCUCCUGCCCCAGGAGCGGCCCCUAAUGCAGGGGCCACGCACCCGCGCACGCAAACCCAUUCGGUGUGGAGAGGUUCUGUUUGCAGUGGGAGGCUGGUGCAGUGGUGACGCCAUCUCUAGUGUGGAGAGGUACGACCCCCAGACCGGGGAAUGGCGUAUGGUGGCCCCCAUGUGCAAGAGGCGUUGUGGUGUAGGGGUGGCAGUGCUCAAUGACCUCCUGUAUGCAGUGGGGGGACAUGAUGGCCAGUCCUACCUUAACUCCAUUGAGAGGUUUGAUCCACAGACCAACCAAUGGAGCAGUGAUGUGGCCCCUACCAGUUCAUGUCGUACCAGUGUGGGGGUUGCGGUGCUCGACAACUACAUGUACGCUGUGGGGGGCCAGGACGGUGUCUCCUGUCUCAACUUUGUAGAGAAGUAUGACCCACAGUUGAACAAGUGGACCAAGGUUGCUUCCAUGAGUACACGAAGACUUGGGGUUGGAGUGGCAGUCCUUGGGGGUUACCUGUAUGCAGUGGGGGGCAGUGAUGGUACCUCCCCUCUCAACACAGUGGAGCGCUAUGAUCCAAGGUCUAACCGAUGGAUACCUGUCUCUCCCAUGGGUACUAGACGCAAGCAUCUGGGUGUGGCGGUGUACAACAACAUGAUCUAUGCCGUGGGUGGUCGAGACGACACCACCGAGCUGAGCAGUGCAGAGCGGUACAACACCCAGACCAACACCUGGCAGCCUGUCGUCGCAAUGACCUCCAGACGGAGCGGGGUGGGCCUGGCUGUUGUCAAUGGGCAGCUAAUGGCCAUAGGAGGCUUUGACGGCACGACAUACCUGAAGACUAUAGAGCAGUAUGACCCCGAGAAUAACUGCUGGAAACUCUGUGGGGGAAUGAACUAUCGGCGCCUUGGGGGCGGGGUGGGGGUGGUCAGGAUGCCCCAACAUGAGACACAUCUGUGGUGAUAAGGGGUAGGGGUAGUGACAAGUAGUGGAAAACAGAAAGUUACACAUCUGUGGUGAUAGGGGGGACAGACAACUAUGGAUGUCUGAUGAGGGACCUUCAGUCAAAGCAAACUGUUUUGAUACUAUCUUUGUUUGGAAUCAGGAGAGCAAUUGACAAUGUUUAUACACUCAUUCGUGAGUUUAAUUGGUCAAGGUUUUACAGAGUUGAGCUCAUGCUUUUAUGGUGAAAACUCUUGAUUCAUGUCUAUUUAGCGUGAAUUUGGUGAAUUGAAUUGGAGUGUUACUCUAAUAUUGAGUGGUGACAAUAUGUGGAAAUCUUAAGGCAUCCAGUAACCAAUAAAAAUGUUAUAAAUUCUGUGCUUUAAAGUCCAUGGAAUGCACUGGUACAAGACUGAUGUGUGAUGAUAACUUAGAAGAUGGAUACUCAUAACAACUUCUAGUGUUUGACAUAUAAUUUGUUCAAAUAGCAAGGUCCAGGGUAAAUCUGUCAAGGAAUUUAGGCCCAUGUAAAGCGCUUGGAUGGGAUUAUUGUUAUUGUUUUCUAUACUAAGGUACAAGGGGCAUGACUCUUGUAAAAAACUGCAAAUUAAAAAAUAUUUGGCUCAUUAAAAGUUAAGAACGUUAUUCAUAUUGUAACCUUUUUGUACCAUUAUAAAGUUUUAUAACUCGCUCAAAGAAAAUGCUUUCUCAGAAGUACAUGAAAAUGAUCUUCUGUCAGUAACCUUUUCCAGUAGAACUGCACUAUAUUAACCCUUUCCUUCUCAGAAGCAGAGUGAAAAUGGCUAUAUGCAACCAGCAUAAAAAACAGCCUGUGAUUAACUUGCAGUCUGAACAGGCUUUCUAUUGUUUGCUGCCCAUCAGUGUCUGUAGAGGUGGAAAUGAAGCCUUUAAUACUUGACUUUAGUAACAAAAGUCUUACAUUAAAUUGAUUUUCAAA